AUGUCGAUGCAAUCAACGUGGUCUUGCUUAAGACCGGCUACCCUCCAGCUGCCAUCGGCAGUCAGAGCCUUUUCUACAACUCCGGCUGCAUUGGCGGGCUCAAUCCCCCCCGAGUCUCCCAAAUACAUCCGCCUCCCUAACACCCCCCAGUCCGACGAGACGAAACCCGAACGAGUACGCGGUCAUCUCCCCGUGCCUCGCGAGAUCUUCUCUCGCAAAGAUGGCAAUCGCAAGCUUAGCCCCGAAUAUAUCCAAAAGUCUGCGCCCACACGCGCCUCCGACGCCCAGCCCAAAAACGAGACGCAGCGAUGGAAGAAGGAACUCGCCGAUAGCAGACGCAAGAACCUUGAAGAGGGUAUCCAUGCCCUCUGGGAGCGAUACGAAACAAAGAACACCGCCAUGAAGGCUCGCACUGCCAAGAAGUACAACGAUAACUUGAACAGGGCGAGAGCCGGCGAGUCGAAGCUUGAUCGCAUUACGCGCGGCACUGUCAUGGAUGCGCUCCUGGAUACCAAGGUCUACCCUGAUCCCAAGGCGACCCGCCGCUCAGAAGUCAGCCAAUCCAAAUCGCAGUCUCGGGAAAUUGCCAAGAGCAAGACGAGAAUGGAUGCAAUCACAGAACUCUACAUCACCGCCUCCAACUUUAUCGUUUCCGAGACCGAUCUCAAGGCAGAGAUUGACAAAGUGUUUACUGAAGACCACUUCCGAAAGAUGGCGCGCGCCACGGAUCGCUUUGGAGGAAUGGAGAACGUUUGGGGCGUAUACGGCAAGCCUCCGUCAGUUGGCAACAUGUUAGAGUCCACUGCCGGCACCUCAACAAAGCUUAUGGACCGUGACGAGACCGAGUUUGAUCGCUCUGUUAAGAGACAAAAGAGAAUCGCCGAGGAGUUCACUGGUGGCAAAAUGGAGUAA